AUGGGGACACCGGGGCUGCAGGACCUGGGUGGGAGGCCCCAGGGGAGGGGCUGCCUCCUGUUGGUGGUGGCAGGAGUCACUUCACUGGUGACCCUGCUAUUGACAGUGCCUAUCACUGUCCUGGCUGUGCUGGCCUUGGUGCCCCAGGAGCAGGGAGGACGGGUAACAGAGACCACUGGCCACGGAGCACAGGCCCAGCUAGGACUGGAAGAGAGAAGACCAUCUUGCCUCCUGCCUUCGCCCACCAGCCUCUCAGGGACUCCUGACUCCCAUCCAGGUCCCCGGACAGCCCCUUCCUCCAACAGUCCAGAUUCCCCAGCCCCAAGCCCUGCUGCUCAGUCCUCCCAGCCUUCAUAUGUGGGGGUGGCCACCCUGCCCCCAACCAUAGAUUCUUCACCAGUUCCACGGUUUCAACAGCUGCCAGAGGAGGAGGAGGAGCCUGAAACACAUGUCAGCCCCACGCUCCCACUCCCUGCUGCCCACCUCAUAGGCGCUCGCAUGCAGGGGCUCGGGCUCGGCUGGGAGGCGCAGGAAGAGGAGGCGUUCCUGCGGAGCGGCGCGCGGUUCUCCGAGGCCGCGGGGCUGGCGCUGCCCCGCGACGGCCUCUACUACCUGUACUGCCACGUCGGGUACCGGGGCCGCGCGCCCCCUGCCGGCCGGGGCCGCUCCGUCACGCUGCGCAGCUCGCUGUACCGCGCGGGCGGCGCCUACGGGCCGGGCUCCGCGCAGCUGCUGCUCGAGGGCGCCGAGACGGUCACCCCGCUGCUGGACCGGGCCGGCCACGGGCGGCUCUGGUACACGAGCGUGGGCUUCGGUGGCCUGGUGCAGCUCCGGAGAGGAGAGAGGUUGCACGUCAACGUCAGUCACCCUGACUUGGUGGACUGCCGCCGAGGGAAGACCUUCUUCGGGGCGGUGAUGGUGGGGUGA